AUGGCCAUCUCCCUAUCGGACUACUCCGUAGUCUAUGGGCUCACAGGGUUCAUUGUUGCGUGGCUAGUAUGGUGGCAUCUUGUGUAUCUCAUCACCGGCUUCCAUCUCAGCUCGGUCACCCUCAACAAUGGGAUUCUGUUCAACGGCAUAACGCUCGAAUUGCGACAGCUAAAGAUAGAAAUCAGAUCGGUUCGUUUCUGGCUCUGGGGUAACUCCAGAAUGAUCAUUGUAGAUGGGCUUAACUUGACAAAGAUACAAACGGAAGACAAGAAACAAAAAGAAAAGAAGACAGACGAUUCCAUUAUCAAUAACAACAAGGACAGAGAUGACAGCAACAUCAUAAACAACAACAUUAAUAAGCGAACAAACAAACGUGUCGAUAAGCUAAUGGUAUUUCCCAAGAACUACUUUGGCAGAAUUGUAGUUCGUUUUCUUGUUCGCCACAUUCCAAAAGUCGAUAUCGAGUUCCGUCACACUUUUGUUCACACUUCAGAUAAACACACUUCAGGCUUGGACUAUUUGCGAUUGACUCUUCAGUCCAGAUACAGUAAACGUUAUACUGAGAAGAUUAAGCUACAGUUCGAUGUCCUCUUCAACAAUUUCUCACAGACAUUGUCCAACACAAAUGAAGACCAAUUCAAGAAGAGCCCCAUCUCAAUUUCGACUUUUAGAUUCCACCAGACGUUUCUGAUAGACUUGACAAGUGGUCAGCUCGACAAUAUUAAGUUAAAGAUGUUUGUCAACGAGCCACGUAUUAAUGUAUUUGCUAUAACAAAAGCGUGCUUGAGUAUAUUUUGCGAUUCGGUUGAAGACGAAGUGCUGGAAACGUCGUCAAAAAACAAUACUGCAAGCAAUACAAGGGAACGACAGAAGCGGUUGCUUAAGAAACUAUCGAACAUUCACACUAAAAUCCAUUCAGCAUUGAAUGAAGUAUCGAUACACGCAGAGAACUUGAUUUUCAACGAUAUUCCGUUUGCUUCAAUGGCGCAUAAUCAAAACUUUGAAGAAUACUUCAAUAGAGAAACACCACUUUCGUGCUUAGAUUUGCAGGUCAAAUCGGUUUCUUUCAACUUCACCGUGAUCGAAAUGCACUCAGCAGGCUUCGAUGUUCUUUUCGAUCAAAAUAAAGACUUUCCCUUCCAUUCGACGUUGUCUUUUCAAUUGUUGAAGCUUAACUUCUCAACAUUAUCUAAAAUGGAUACUGGUGUCCUUGGGAAAUCUUCUGAUGAAAUCUUGAACAUUCCCAACUUUUCCUUCACCCACAAGGGUAACAUUUUUGACCAUUUGGUCCGAGGCAGAGGCUUCAAGGAUUGUGUCUUGGAGUUCUAUUCAUCUGCUAGUAACCCUGUUCUAGACUUGACGACAGUACAAGUAAGUGAAAUAUUCUACAACUUGGUAUUGUUACGAAAGCUCUUGCAAUUGCAAAAGCUUAGGAAUCUUCAGAAAAAUGAAGAUUCUACAGCUCCUAAUUACCAGUUCACUGAAGAAGGUUGCGAAACGAAGACAAUACCAGAGUGGAGGAUUCACCCAAAAGUCAAUCACCGGAACCAGAAGAAGAACCCCAGGAGAUUGUUUCAAUUACUUAAUGAUUACUAUCCUCGAUUAGAUACAAAUUUUGUGAUAGAACAGCCGAGAUUUAUCAUUCGCCAUCAUAACCCAGGCACCAACAAGAUCCAAUUGUUGAACUUCAGCUACUCCAUGUUGGAUUUCCGUCUUUUAACUACUGCUUCCAGGAAUUACGACUCAAAGUGUCAUGUACUUCACCCAUCUGUAACGUACCAUGGGAAGUAUAUUUCUCAAGUCGCGACGGACAAUCAGGACUCAAUAAAGACUGAAAUUGUUCUGAUGAAAUCCAUUAUGCUACAUUUGGAGAUCUUAAAGAACUUACGAGUGAAAUCUCAUCUUGAUGUGAACGACUUUGUGACUGAUGCUUCUAACAUAGACGUUUUGCUUGGAGUUCAUACCGUGUUAAAAGAUAUCACGAGAAUAGUAGAACAAGACUUGAACAUAGGUGUGCUCAAUCUUUCCUUGAAUUCCCAAAUAGAUACAAUCAGAUACAACGUGAUUCGCAAAUCAGCAAUGUCACUUUCGCGAAAGACUUCCUCAUUAGAGGAUAGAAUAUUCAAAUAUCUUCCCUCCUGGAUCAUUGAAGCACAAUUUAAUUUAUCUUCUUUGACAAUUAUUUUGGGCUCUAGAUCAGUAGUUAUUCCUAAGGAUUUAUUACACAGCACUGAAGGAAGCGGGUUGGAAGACGACUACCUGACUGAUUCACACAAGCUUCGGAAUUUGCGUAUGAAAUGUGACAACAUAUCCAUUUCCCUUGGAAACUUAUUCAAGAAUGAAUCUGACCUUGGUGAUUCUGACUCGUUCUAUCAAUCUACGUCAAGCACUGCUUCACUGGAAACGCUUACGUCUUUUGUUGACAAAUCUACGUAUUGGAGCUUAGGUGCCAGUUUCUCCAACUUAACUACUUCUACAUUGACAGAAUUAGAAGGGAAGCCUCACAAAUACAAUUCGUUGACCACUAUGCCCUCUACCAAGAUCAAGGUGAGUGCUAUCAGAGAUAUUAGCGGGGAGAAAAACUUGAAAUUGGAUGUGAACAUAGACAAUAUUAAAGUCAAUUAUGACAAGUAUAAAUUGUUCACAGUACUUGGAGCAAUCUAUGUGCUAAGAGAGUUUGUCAUAAUGCCAAUUAGAAUGGUGAAAACGAAACUUAAGAAGGAUUUGGUACAAUUUUCAAGCGUGGGAUUGACACCAAUGACAAGAAGGACUCGUAGUAUAAAGGACUUGCUCCAAUUCCAAUUCCAUUUGUCUUCAUUGGAUGUUAUAUUAAAGCUUAAUGAAGAUCACAACUUCAGAGUACAAGCUUUUACAACCAGCCUCCUUGUACAAAGUGGUAUGGUUGUGGUGGAUAAUCACUUCAUCAGGGCUCUGACAGAUUCUCCUUUUUCAAAAGGGAACUGGUGUAGAAUAGUCUGUGUUGAUUCACUUAAACUUCGAGUUGAUGAUCCGUUGGCAGAUCACAAGGUUUCUGUCGAUACAGACAACAUAAGGUUUACCCAGCCAUAUGGAUUUGUAGCACACCGUUUAUUUGACAAUAUUAGCGCAAACUUCAAAAUCGCGAAGUACCUAGUAAAAUGCCUAAAGGAAGAGUCUAACAAGAGGGCUGAAGUAAUCUACCCUAAGGAAAUGAAGGUAAAAGAGUUGCCCAAGACCAACAUCAAGUCUAACAGAGUCUCAUUCAAUAUGGAAGACGAUCCCUUUGAGUCCGAAUUGAAUAUGAUCUAUCAACUAGGAUUGUUAGAACAACGUAAAAGACUAGAGCAGUAUUCUCUUUUUGCAACUAAAGCUCGCGAUCGAGCUGGUUUGCCCUAUGCUAAGAAGUUGUACAACUUGAGACAAAACAUAUCUAGGUCUUGGAUCCGAAAGGUAAACAUAUUCAAGGGUAAACUCGAAAACGAAAUAUCCUUGAAUAGGAAGUACCUUUAUGGAAAUGAAGCCAAUCUAGACAGAUCCUUCCACGAGAACUUUCAGCCUUAUCCUCUAGAAGCUCCACUUUUGCUGGUAAAGAUGGAGCAAUUUGAUUUGACAAUCAGCAAGUUCGACAGGGAUUGCUCUUCGUUUCUAUAUGAAAUGGGACAGGGAGUUCCCAAAGAUACACGCUACUCUUUGAAUCUUCAACUGCAUUUAAAUUUGAAGUUGAAGGAAUUGAGAAUGCAUCUACGUGACUACCCAAUCCCUCUUGUGCAUGUUCCUCAAAGCAGAGAUAAAACAGUUCCAAGUUUGACCAUGACCGGCUAUUUGGUGAUCGCCGAGGAUUUAAUUACUUCCAUUGAGAAUGUUAGAAGCUCAAUUGUUCCAUUGACACCUCAUUCAAUCACUCAAGCAAACCAGAAGUACCACUUCGUAGAAAUUCAGAAAUCGUUAUCUUCUGUCAAAGUCUACACUGAUUUGGAGUGCAAUUUCAAUUCUGAAUAUCCUACAAGAUUCAUGUGGGGUCAGUCGUAUCAAUUUGCAAUUCAGCAAUUCAUGUUGAACUUUGACCAGUUCUCUAAACCACCUGUGGAUCCUUCUGUCAAGUUAGGAUUCUGGGAUAAACUAAGACUCGUUCUUCAUGGGAAAUGCCAUUUUUUGGCAAAGAAAAACUUGGAAAUCGCAUUCAAAGGCUCCAGAGAUCCUUAUAACUUGUUUGAUAUGGGAAACGGAUUUGUUUUGUCUUUUCGUAAGAAUGUCGUUUGGAAGAUUAAUGAAAAUAAUGAUCUGAACAAGUUUUUUGAUAUUACAUCAGAGAAGUUAUCAUUCUAUAUCCCCAAUUAUUUGUCUGCUCCAUUACUUGCUUGGACAAGGGAUAGUUCUAAGGCUAUAUACUUGCCUGAUUCAAACAAAUUUAUUACUUCAUGUCAUGGUUACAAUUUGGACGAACUUUCCUCAUCUCCAUCUUCAAAGGAAUACAGACAUUAUGUUUUCGAUAAGAACGUAGUCAGUUUAAGUGGUGGGGUUCAUUUCACCGUCGGAUUUCUACUAGAAAGAAAAGACAAACUUGGUAAAAGAACUCAAGAGCUGCGACAUCAUUACGAUUUGAGACUCUUCAAUCCAAAAUAUACUACAGAGGGACAUGACUCCUAUAAGGGGUUUAGAAGUGAUUAUAUCCAUAUGGCUAUUUCACUAGUUGCAAACAACGAUUCUAGUUACAAUACUAUUCACUUAACACCAGGAACUUUUAGACACUUCUUCCAUUGGUGGUCGCUUUUCGCCAGUAAUUUGAUGCUUCCAGUUAGAAAAGGAAAAAUGUUUGGUGUUAAGAAGAAACCAAUGAAGUUUUCGCAACAUCUUUUCACAAAUAAGUAUUUGUUCAACUUGAAGCUGUUGUUUUUAACACAUAUGUAUCGAGAAGAAACUAUGGGCCCAGAUACUUCAGAUUUGGUUCAAUGCGUUGGACUACGAGCUAAAAUUGACCACUUUUUAGUGGACUUACAUCUGAGAAAAGAACCCCGAAUUGUAGUACAUGAAAGUUUGGCUAGAAACGACAAGAUAUCGAAGAUGAAUUUCAAUGUUGGAGAAGUACACCUUUCCAAAAUUGACUUGAGAGUGAUUCAAUGUGGUUUUGUGAACGAUCUUUACAACACCGAGAAAGCAUAUAAUGACAAGGAGUCCAGCUAUAAUAUAUUCGAUGGUGACAAGCGAUGGUUUGAUUUAGAAGACUAUAAAGAGUGUUUCUACGCAUCUCUAAGUAAUUGUGCUCGCAAAUUCGAUGUAUACCCUUUGCUAUAUUCAAAGAAGUUUACAUACAAUCGCGACACACAGACCGACAAUAUAGAUAUUGGGAAGUAUCAGGUGUUUGGAAAUGAACACAAUCAUGAAUGCUUCCUCAACUCUCAGAAUAUCUAUCAGCCCCAGAUUGAGGUGCUUGAGGAUAGAAUCAGGCAGUUAGAGAAACAAGUGGAGCACAACGAGAGAAAAAAAGAAUCAACAAAGUACUUGACUGACAGAAUCGAAUUCUUGCACAACGAAAUAUCGCAUACCAAGAGAAGCUGGAAAGUUGAGAAAAGGAAGGCUCUGGUUUGCUCUUUGUCUACCGAAUCGAACGAAAACUUUCACAAUAAAUUCAUACUAGUGGGGAUGAAUUUGAAGUGGAACCUAGAUAGUAGAAAUUGUUUCCUCAGAUACAUUCAUUUCGUGAAGCUCCUACAGAGUUUGAAAAAGUUCAUGUCUUACGAUGCUAUUAGUACUUUGCAAGAAUUGAUAGAUACUAGCGAUCGCUUAUCAUCUGAUAACCGCUCAUUUAUUUCAAAUCUAAUUGAGAAAAUCAAGACAGAAGAUCACACACACGAGGAAAAUCCAAGGGGGCUCCAUAAAUUUGAUGAAUUGCUUCGUAAGCAUUCUGUCAACGAAAGUGUUACAGAAGACUAUUUCAUUGAGAUUAUAUCACCACAGAUUCAGUUGCAAAGUGAUGAUUAUCCAGAUUCAUUAGUGGUAAUUGCUGCUCCUAGUAUAAAAGCCAAGCUAGUAUCUGUGGUAGAUAAGGCCAGCUCAAGUCUUGUUCUUCAUCCAAAGGAGCUUACCAACCGUAUUGGGGUAAUGCUUAAUGAUGCCGAAAUUUUCGUUCUAGAUAAAGACAUUCUUGUGGCUGACAAGAUAAUUCUAGAUCACAAUACUUAUGGAUCAACUUCAAAUUGGCCCCCAUGGCUUGCCAUUGAAGUCUGCAAAAGUGGAAAAUGGGCUAAAGAAGAUAAUCUUUUGGUAGAGAAUAUGCUGAUGAUGGUCUUACACGAACAGUCAAAGCCGUUGGGAACUACAUUGACCAGAAUCAAUGAUUUGGAGCUUGACGAUAUUACGAGACAUAUAGCAUCUGGAAGUACAGGUGCGGUGGAUAAAUUUUCUGUUGAAAUCCCAAAACUAGUGAUAACAUCCACCUCUGAACAAUACUUUACCUUGUAUAUGAUUGUGUUCAGCUUAUUCUUCUACAGUGAGCCUAUGAGCAAGAAUUUAAGCAAUCGUUUGGAGGCAUUGAAAUUCUCAGUCGAUUUCCAGGACUUGAGCUCAUUGCAUGAUCGCUUGGUGACUUUGCACAACAACUACAUGAUGAUGUAUUUCUUGAAUAGAAACUAUAGUUUCAGACAAGGAAGGAUGUCUAAUGAAGACUUAAAUAAUGACCUUAUUCUUAACUUGGAAAGGGAGGAAGUGUUGGCGGAAAUAUAUCUAAUGUUGAAGACACUUCUUACUGGUGAUAAUACUCAAGAGGGUUCAAAUGAUUCCAAGGCGUUCUGGGAUAUCAGAGCUGACCAGAUUGUAUUACAUAUGCUUGAAAAUGACCGAACACCGAUUUUGGAUCUUGAAUUGACUCACGGAAAGUACAGAAGAACUGUUUAUGAAAAUGGUUCUGAUGUGAACAGAAUUGAAAUUGGAAUGCUCAAGGGAUACAACCUCUUGCCUGAGGCAGUGUAUCCAAGUUUCUUAGAACCUUACUCAAAGUCGGCUCGAGGUAGUUUAAUGACAGUUGACUGGACAAUGAAUAGAUCUGUUGGUGGGAUUAAGAUUAUCGAAAAAUUGGAUAUCACAUCCAAACCAUUGAGUAUAAGACUAGAUGAGCAUACAGGAGAGAAGUUGACCAGUUUCAUCUUCAGAACAGACGAGGAGCAUACUGUACGCGACAGCCCACUUCUUAAGAUGAAGGCAGCUAGUAGUCUAUUGGAUGACAAGGGAAGAGAGAAUAGCCCUGAUAUAGUACAGGGACAACAACGUAGUGUGACAUUCCUUGAUACUGCAUUGGAUGAAAGUUCCGGAAGUGCUAAUCUAAGCAAUCUAAGAAACAGGGACCGUGUUAGCACCCGAUUAACCGAGUCAUUUAAUUCAGACAAUGAUAGUGAACAGCAGGAUCAAAUUGUGGAAAUGAUAGAUCGAUCGAAGAAGUAUAUUUCCAUUGUUUCGCUUAGCGUUAACCCGCUUUCACUAAUGAUAUCUAUAAAGCUCGAUAGUGGGAUCUUACGCUUAUUGAAUGUUGAAGACUUGCUUAUCGACAUACCCGAGUUUGUCAUAGAAAGAAGAGUGGUUUCUUUCUUGGAAGUUUCUAAGAUGUUAGAGAAGUUAGUCAUAAGAACGUUACUUCAUCAUAGUGGCAGAGUGUUGAAGAAUAAGCUAAGCGUCAAAAAGAAGAAACUGAAAAAGAUAUUGAAUCCAAUAAGGAGUUUACACCAUUCAAUUACUGAUUGA